UUGAGUUCAUAUGGCUCGUGCGCUCAUGGAAAGCUGAUGUGUGGCGCGCUCUGAGAGUCUCUCACAUUUCAGGAAGUGUCGAAAGUCCUCAGCUGCUGUCCGUCUGUCCUGCUCUAUAUUAUGGUCGCGCAGCCGUGAUCCGCGUGGAUCGUCGGUGUGGAUCUCUGGUGGGGCACCAUGUCCACCCGGUACAGCCCGAGGCGUGCGCUCUUGCCCGCGGUCUGCGCGCAUGUUGUGUCCGUGCUGACCGUCUGCUGCGCCGGGAGCGUGUUUACAGCCGCUGCCUAUCCGAAUCAACACGACACGCUGGAGCGUUAUGACGUAAUCGAACCACACCUGUUCAUUGGAGGACAGCAGAGACCGGUUAGUCUCAUAAAGUCAAUGGGUCAUCCUGGAUCACUGAAGGUGCUGAUUGAAGUGGAUGGAGAGCAACUGCUACUUGCUUUGCAGAAAAAUGAAGGGCUGUUUGCUAAUCACUACACAGAAACACACUACCUGGAGGAUGGAAGUGCCAUCACCACCUCACCGAAUGUCACAAUUCACUGCUACUAUCAUGGCGAGGUGGAGGGUCACCCAGGGUCAGAGGUCAGCCUCAGCACCUGCACAGGACUCAGGGGACUGAUUUCACUUGAACAUGAAGUGUAUGUACUGGAGCCGAUGGAAGACGGAAACACACACCGUCUUUAUAGAGGAGAACAUCUUAAAGUCACCCAGGGAACCUGCGGACACGGUCACAACAUUUCAUACCCUACAGAGAUGAUGAACACUACAGGAGCCGUCUUCAGCUCUCACAGCAGUCAGAGGCGUAAAAGAGAUGCUCAGAGCAGCACCAAGCAUGUGGAGUUGAUCAUCGUGGCAGACAACCGCGAGUAUCAGAAACAGGGGAAAGACGUGGAGAAAGUGAAACAGAGGCUUGCUGAAAUAGCAAACUACGUGGACAAGUUUUACAGAUCGCUGAAUAUCCGUGUGGCUCUGGUGGGGCUGGAGGUGUGGAGUGACGGAGACAAAUGCUCCAUCACACAGGAUCCGUUCACAUCGCUCCACGAGUUCCUGGACUGGAGAAAAGUCAAGCUGCUCCCGCAGAGACCCCACGAUAACGCUCAGCUCAUCAGUGGCGUUUACUUCCAGGGCACCACCAUCGGCAUGGCUCCCAUUAUGAGCAUGUGCACUGUGGAACAGUCAGGGGGCAUCGUCAUGGAUCACUCUGAUAAUCCUCUCGGUGCUGCGGUUACUUUGGCCCAUGAGCUCGGACACAACUUCGGCAUGAACCACGACACGCCGGAGCGCGGCUGCGGCUGCAGAGCCACCGUGGACCGCGGCGGGUGUAUCAUGACCCCCUCCACCGGGUAUCCUUUCCCAACAGUCUUCAGUACGUGCAGUAAGAAGGAUCUCGCGGCGAGUUUGGAGAAAGGCGUGGGCAUGUGUUUGUUCAACAUGCCAGAGGUAAAGGUGCUCUACGGAGGCCAGAAAUGUGGAAACGGAUACGUGGAGGAGGGAGAGCAGUGUGAUUGCGGAGAUCUGGAGGAGUGUCUGAAUCCCUGCUGUAAUGCCAGUACAUGCACACUGAAGGAGGAAGCCGUAUGUGCGCAUGGACAGUGUUGUGAAGACUGUCAGUUGAAGCCUGCAGGGACUCCGUGCCGUGAGUCCAGUAACUCCUGUGAUCUGCCGGAGUUUUGCACAGGCGCCGAUCCUCACUGUCCUGCUAAUGUCUACCUGCACGACGGACACACCUGUCAGGGUGUGGAUGGACACUGUUACAAUGGCAUCUGCCAGACACACGAGCAGCAGUGCAUCACACUGUGGGGACAGGGUGCAAAACCAGCUCCAGGAAUCUGUUUCAAAAGAGUCAACUCGGCGGGAGAUCCAUAUGGAAACUGUGGAAAAGAUGCAAAGGGAUCAUUUGCCAAAUGUGAAGCACGAGAUGCUAAAUGUGGGAAGAUCCAGUGUCAGGGUGGAGCCAAUCGGCCGGUGAUUGGCACCAAUGCCGUCUCCAUUGAAACCAACAUCCCGCUCCAAGAAGGAGGACGCAUCCUCUGCCGCGGGACUCAUGUGUACCUGGGAGACGACAUGCCGGAUCCGGGCCUCGUGCUCACCGGCACCAAGUGUGGAGAAAACAUGAUGUGUAUAAACAGACAGUGUCAGAACAUCAGCGUGCUCGGGGUUCACGACUGUUCGGCCAAGUGCAGCGGACACGGGGUUUGUAAUAAUAAUAAGAAUUGUCACUGUGAGUCUCUCUGGGCUCCUCCGUUCUGUGAUAAAGCUGGGUUUGGAGGCAGUAUGGACAGCGGCCCGAUGAGACCAACAGACAGCAGCAGUGUGACGGUGGGCAUCCUGGUGGCGUUUCUGUGUCUGCUGUGUGUUGGAAUAAUUGCGUGCAUUAAGAGGAAAACUCUGCUCAGUCUGUUCUUCAGCAAUAAGAAGAACACGAUUGAAAAACUGAGGUCUGUGGGACCCAACAGACUGAACAGUCCAGUGCACACACUCUCAUCCGCUCACACACACAUUGGGACUCAAACACACUCCACGUACAGAACUUCUCCUCAACGUCAGACAUCAGCUUUACCACAAAGUGCCAGCAUAUAUAAGCCCCAGUCUCCUCUCCAGACGGUGGACUCUGUGGUCCCGUCUCAUGGUCUCCGCCGGCUGCCCCCGUGCCCUCCGGUCCACCUCUCUCAUCCGCUGCCGCUGGCACUCGGCCUGCCGCUGACACCACCACACACACACUCGUCUCCACCCAGAGCCCCUCCACCAGCACUCACACACACACACACACCCGCUCCGGCAGCAGGAACAGCCGGCCGCGGCCUGGCCUGCCAGAACGUCUGCAAGAUCGCCAUGGCAUUCGAGAAGCCCAGUCCACCCCAGAAGCCUCUUCCCGCAGACCCACUGGGUCGAAACGUCCGGGUGAUUCGGAACCCUUCGGCCGUGCGACUUCCAGCGCCCAUCCCGACCCCAGCUGCCCCGCGACCCGCUCUGCCUCACCCACAGCCCUGCAGGCCUCCUCCUAAACAGCCGCCCACCCUGCCAAAGCCUCACUUCACAGCCGGAGUGAAGUUCAGCAGCUGAGAGCCGGACAGAAGGGAUCUCGUCCCUGGAGACGCUCGCUUUUUGCACUAUGAACCUCUGCGGGACACGUGGUGAUGCGAGGGGUGACCUUUGACCCCCGCGGUGCUCUGCCUCUAAACGGUGCUAUGAGUCCAAGCUCAGGUACAUGUCACGCGUUAUUUAUGUCGGUUAUGAGCGUAUUUAUUUGAGCACAGUGCACUGUGGUUGACACUUUCUCAAUCGUAGCAAUCGGUGGUUCGCCCACGUUUACCUGAUUGUCCUUUUGUUGUUGUUGCUAUUGUUGUUGUUUUGACAUUUUUCGACUGUGUACCAGCAGAUAAAGAUGAGAAGUGUUAUCUGUGAACAUGAACCACAUCAUGUGGAUGCUAAACUGGAUUGUAAACCAGAUUUAAAUGGAAACGUGAAUUGGGAGUUGAUGGUUCUGUGUCUGUGAUGUCAUUUGGUAUAUGAAAAGGGCUUUUUAACAAUUUUAUAUGAUUUAAUGGCCAUUUUGAUUACAUAUUUCAGACAUACAUGAUUAAACCUGAAGAAACCUGUAUAAAAAUAAUCUCACGAUAACAUGUCCAGGUCACAUUUUUAUCUCCGAUUAAAUUAAACAAAAUAAUAAAUACAAUUUUGCAUAAAGUAAAAUAGGCAUUUUUCGGCAAAAAUAGCCUAAAUAAUAGGUGUUUUUUAUUCUUAAUUUUUUAAAGGUAUUUUGUUUUUAAUUCUAAAACAAUUAAGCUUAUUUCCCCGUAACAUUUUAAUUAUUCAGAUAUAUCUGAAUAUUUUGCUCAUAUUUUAAAUUCUAAAUAUUAUGUAUGAUAAUUCUCAUUUUUAGUAUAGUAACAAAAAUAUGUCAAAAAAAAAAAGUAAUGAGAAUCAUCAUAAAUAAUAAUUAAAACAAAAUAUUCAGGCAUGUUACAAUUAUUUUUUUAUGUAAAACACAAAAAAUAAGCAGCAAAGCAAAUACUAUUGAA